CCAACAGGUCGAGCACAUCGAUCGAGAAGCAAAUCCCCCAAAGAAACCAAAACCACAAAUCCCCCAAGCAAGAUGUGGCAACUGACAUGGGCCUUUGCCUUGGCUUUCCUUUUGGUGGGUGGUGAGGCCAAGCCCUCACAAUUCUUCAAUCAUCACUUCAACCACUUUGAUCCUCAUCAUGUGAAUCACUUUGAUCCUCAUCAUGUGAACCACUUUGAUGGGCAUCAUCUGGAUUCUCUACAUGCUCUGCCACACCACUUGGAUUACGCAGUGCAGGAAUCAGUUCUUCCUCCGCCGGCUCCUUUGCUUCCUGCGGUGGCACCACCACCUGCAUUUGCUCCUGCUCCUCCAGUCUAUGGUCCUGCACCACCAGUUUAUGGACCACCGGCUCCUGUAUUGGCACCAGCACCACCUGUAUAUUCUCCUGCUCCUCUUUUACCCGCUCCUGCACCACUUUUACCCGCUCCUGCACCCCUUUUGCCCGCCUCGGCACCAUUUUUACCCGCUCCACAGCUUUUACCAGCUCCUGCUCCUCUUUUACCAGCAACUGGUCCCUCCUUCCUACCCGCUGCUGCACCACUUCUGCCAGAGUUCCAUGUGCCCAGUGUCACCCACCAAGUACUGCCACCCAUCUUGGAGGCGGUGCCCUUUGCACCCACCUAUAGAGCCAUCCCCGGACCCAAAACCACCACCCACCGCGUGUCCAUCGGGUAUGCAUUCCCCAAACUGCUGGCCGCACCACACGCCCACCUGAAAGCCCUGCCCCUGAAGUUAGCCCACCACCAUCACCACUCGUUGUUCUAGGACAAGGAUGAAUACCAUUAGGAUGAUGGAAGCCUCACCAAAGAGUCAUCAAAGUCAGCUAGUAAAUGUUAAUCUACAAGUAUACCUGCUAAUUACAAUAAUUU